AUGGGUGGUUGUUAUCCAGUUGAAGCUUUGUUACAUUCUUCCCUGGAAUGCUUAUACAAUAAAACAUGUCUAGAUUUGAUUUUAUCUAGUAUAGGACAAAGUUUAGAAAAGAUCGACGUGAAAGUUUUACAAUUGAAACCUAAAUAUGGUAUGAAUGAAACAGUUCAACAUAUGAUUGAUCGAUUAUUUGUUGAUGAAUGGAAUAUAAAUUAUUCUCAUCUAAACUAUUCGAAAAAAUGUCAUGCAACAGAUUGUAGUUAUUCAUUUAUAGAAGAUUUUCAUAUUUUACAUAUUAUAACAACUAUGCCUGAUAUAUAUGGAUGUUUAACAAUAGUAUUAAGUCUUUUAAUUCCAUUUAUUAUUGAUAUUAUGUAUCGAGUAUAUUAUAGAAGAACACAAAUAGUUGUCGUGCCAGAUGUAUCAGCAGAAAAUUAA